GGUUUAACUCUGGUUUUUGGGCACAGUGUGGCAGCAACUCCACAUUGAGGUGUGUGUGGCACGAGUGGUGUAGGAGAAAAAUUGUGCGUUCAUGAAAACGCAUUGCAAGCUGCAUCUUAAGUUGUUGUGAUCAUACCCUAAGAUUUGUUACGCUCUCAUUUGCAAGAAAUUUGGUACUUUGAAAGCACCAUUGUAGAAGCUGCACCCAUGAUUUGGCGCCGGAAUAACUGAAGCAGAGAGAACAAUCCACUAAUGGCUGAUUCCACUCCAACUGCUACUCCUUCAAACGACACCCAAUCAUGCGUUUUCCUACGAACGGUCACUUUAUAUGAUUGGUGGUUGAUUAAAGCCACAAACGACUUCCAAGGAAAGCGUUUAGCCGUCGCAGGCAUCUCAUCGAGAAAGGAUGAGGCGAUGCGCGUGUUUGUUUCUGCUCCCGUUAUCGAAAGAUACGACGUGUUUUCUCUCAUGACUGCGGAUGGGAUAUACCUUAUAAUUAGUGGCUUCAUCAACGAGCAGCGCACUAUUGAAAACGGUUUCGACCCUCAGAUUUUGAACCGGUUUUUAUUUGGCUUCCCUCCAGACUGGAAAACCUGUGCUCUAGAUUUCUCCAGAGAAGAAUCAACCACUGCCAAUGAUUUGGGUAGUGGUUUUCUUGAUGACGUACCAGCUAGCUGUUCAGAAAUUUUAUCUGAUGUUGCAAUCGCAGGUGUGGAAAAUUGUACUCCUACUUUUUUGGCAUCACCGGAGAAGGCGCAGGGUGAUCAGGAAAAGGCAUUCCCUGAAAAUGAAUGCAACGUGUCAAAGGAGGUGGCUGGUGUUAAUGUUGCUUGUAGUAGAGGUAGGAAAAGACGAAGUGCCAGGUUGCAUGAUGUUAAAGUAUACCAGCGGAAGAAACAGUCUGCUUCUGGAUUGCCUCCAAAGAAUCCAAAUAAUAAGAACCAUAUUUCAGAGGCGGCCUUGGAUAAUUGUGAUGUAGUGGGACCAAAAAGUCCGGAAACACCUAUUCAGUCACAAUCAUGGAGACAACUACGCACAUCAUCUGAACAGAUAGUAAAAAAAUCUGCAUCCAGAAUUUCUAGAACAUUGUCACCAAAGACCGAAGGCUGUCAAAAGAAAAAAGUGGGCAGGCCUAAGGGAACACUGAAUAAAUCUGCUUCAGCUGGGAAAAAUUCGCGAUCAAGAGAUCUAAGUCACUUGACCAAGGGAAGCCGACAGAAAAAUUCCACUGUUUCUCCUGAGUCAUCGAGUUUCAGAACAUUGUCACCAGAGACCGAAGGCUGUCAUAAGAAAAAAGUGGGCAGGCAUAAGGGAUCACUGAAUAAAUCUGCUUCAGCUGAGAAAAAUUCGCGAUCAAGAGAUUUAAGUCACUUGACCAAGGAAAGCCGACAGAAAAAUUCCAUUGUUUCUCCUGAGUCAUGGAGUUUCAGAACAUCCAGAUCUGGCAGAUUGCUUGUUCGUCCCUUAGAAUUUUGGCGCAAUCAAAUACCAAUAUAUGAUGCGGAUCAUGUGCUUAAAGAAAUUAAGGAUGGUGCAUCUUUGAUAUCACCUUGUAAGGUUUCUUCAUCAUCAUCGAGAAGGACUGACUUUGAUUGAGGUGGGAAUGUUGCUGAAUCGACGAUGAAGUACAGAAUGAUAUUGUAGCUGCUUAGAGGUUGGCAUAGUAUUGGAAGUGUAACCUACCUUCAUCAUUUUAUUGUAUUUUUAAAAUUUCCAUCGCAGAAAAGACAAUAUGCAUAUUUAUGUAGGUCUAUAUGACAUGGAAUAUUUAUAUAUGGUUAAAAGCUUACGUACACUUUACUAACCAAGUUUCUUAGGGCUUGCACACCUUGUUUAUAAGUUUUUUUGAGUAAUUUUGAUCUAUUAAUUGUUA